AUGUCCUCGGCAACUUCCACCAGUUCUUUGCCCAGCGGCCUGGCUGUCCUGACAACUUUCCCAGAUGUGCUCAUCAUUCCUGAAAUCAUCUUUGGAGGCCUUGUCUGGAUCCUGGUGGCAUCCUCGAGGGUGCCAGCACCCAUCCUGCAAGGCUGGGUGAUGUUUGUCUCAGUGUUCUGCUUCGUCAUGUCCACCACCCUCCUGUGCCUCUACAUCUGCGGGGCUCACGGGGACAGCAGCUCCUGGGUCACCUUGGAUGCCAUCUGCCAGGUGACAGCAGCUCUGUUCUACCUCAGUGCUGCUGUGUUGGAAGCCUACUUCACCUACAGCAUUGGCUUGGUAUCUGACAACCCUGUGAUAAUGCACAUCUACCAGGAGAACAUUGCUGCUGUGGUAUUUGCAUUCGUAGCUACCCUGGUGUACGUGAUCCAUAAGAUAUUCUCGCUCCUGCGAUGGAAAUCAUCUUAA